UACCGGGCGGAGCCGUGCCGGGACCGCCGGGCGGGGGGUGCCCGGUGCUGCUCCCCCCACCCCGUCCCCGGUAGGACCCCGCACGGUGCCGGCGGCGCUAGGACCGCGCGGCGCGGGGCGCCCCGUGGCGCAUGCGCAGUGGCGCGGGCGGCGCCUGCGCGCUGCGGAGGGGAGCGGCGGGGCCCGCAGGGUAUGCAACAUGGCCCAAACAGAGAGAAAGGCGGACUGCUCCGGAAAUCUUCAGCCUCCAAGAAGCCAUUGAAGGAGAAAGUUGUGUUGAUGUACGAUGAGGUUUUCACGACAGAGGACCCGAGUAAGAACAACCCUAGGUUUUGGGAGGAGCUGUUUCUCAUGAAGGUCAACCUGGAAUAUCUGGAAGGCAAGCUGGAGGCUCUGGAUGGGGAAGAGCUGAUGAAGAUAAAAGAUAACAUCAACUGCUUGUUUCAGCACUGCAUCCAGGCACUGGGUGAGGAGCACCCGAUCAGAGUGGUCAAUGCUCUACAGACUUUGUGUGCAUUGAUUCGGGGUGUCCAUCAGAAGAACAAGUCCACUUCAGGGUUUGACAUCAUCAACAUGCUUGUGGGUUUUGAUAAGGCAGAGCUUAAUCUGAUGGAGAGCCUAGACUCGCUCCUCUGUGCAGACGGUUCUGAAAGCCUCAAAAGCUUGUGUCUGAAGCUGCUUCUCUGCUUGGUGACGGUGACAGAUAACAUUAGCCAGAACACCAUCCUGGAGUAUGUGAUGAUUAACAGUAUAUUCGAAGCCAUUUACAGAAAGCCUGUGUACAUCCUGUCUGUGAUAAAUUCUGUCCAGCCCCUUAGUCGGAGGGAACAUGGCUAUGAUGCUGUUGUCCUUCGCUUGCUGGUCAACUACAGAAAGUAUGAGUCAGUGAAUCCUUACAUUGUGAAGCUCUCUAUCGUAGAUGACGAGGCCACGCUCAAUGGAAUGGGACUUGUAAUUGCCCAGGCUUUAUCGGAGUAUAACAGGCAAUACAAAGAUAAGGAAGAGGAGCACCAGAGUGGUUUCUUCUCAGCCCUAACUAAUAUGGUGGGCAGCAUGUUCAUAGCAGAUGCUGAUGAGAAGAUAUCAGUCCAAACGAAUGAAGCAAUACUGCUGGCCCUCUAUGAAGCUGUUCACUUAAACCGGAACUUCAUCACAGUUCUGGCACAAAGCCAUCCUGAAAUGGGUCUUAUGACGACACCAACCAGCCCAAUUCCAACAACGCCUGUCACUCCACUUGGAACCACCCCACCUUCUUCAGAUGUUAUAAGCUCGGCAGAGCUGCCUUGGAUGGCUGACGUGCAAACUAGCAACUUGCUGAUAACCUUCUUGAAGUACAGCUCGAUUGAUCAGGACACAAAAGAUGAGCACCGGCUACACAGUGGCAAGCUGUGUCUGAUUAUCCUGACAUGCAUAGCAGAGGAUCAAUAUGCUAAUGCUUUUCUCCAUGAUGACAAUAUGAAUUUUCGAGUAAACCUACACAGGAUGCCAAUGAGGCAUAGGAAGAAAGCAGCAGACAAGAACCUGCCCUGUCGCCCGCUGGUGUGUGCAGUGCUCGAUUUGAUGGUGGAGUUCAUUGUAACACACAUGAUGAAAGAAUUUCCUAUGGAUCUCUAUGUACGCUGUAUUCAGAUUGUGCACAAGCUGCUGUGCUACCAGAAGAAAUGCAGAGUGAGGCUUCAUUACACGUGGAGGGAGCUCUGGUCAGCUUUGAUCAACUUGUUGAAGUUUCUCAUGUCUAAUGAGACAGUGCUGCUGGCCAAACACAACAUCUUCACCCUUGCUCUUAUGGUUGUGAACCUGUUCAACAUGUUUAUCACUUACGGAGACACCUUUCUCCCUACGCCCAGCAGCUAUGACGAGCUGUAUUACGAAAUCAUUCGGAUGCACCAGAAUUUUGAUAACCUUUAUUCUAUGGUUCUGAGGAUUUCUACCAAUGCCGGUCAAUGGAAAGAGCCUGCAAGCAAGGUGACCCAUGCGUUAGUCAAUAUUAGAGCCAUCAUCAAUCACUUCAACCCGAAGAUAGAGUCUUACGCUGCAGUGAAUCACAUAUCGCAGCUCUCCGAGGAUCAGGUUUUGGAAGUGGUACGCUCCAACUAUGACACGCUGACCCUGAAACUGCAGGAUGGGCUGGAUCAGUACGAGCGCUACUCGGAGCAGCAUAAGGAGGCUGCCUUCUUCAAAGAGCUGGUGCGGUCCAUCAGCAUCAACGUGAGGAAGAACCUUGCUUUCAACACGCUGAGCCAGGAGCUCUUGCUGAAGGAAUUCUCUACGAUCUCCUGAAGCAGGGGAGCAGCAGCUGCGCAGGGCUGACCAGAGACGGGCCUGUCUCGCAGGGACACCGCGGAUCCGCGGCUGAUCGCCCCUCACCUUUCACCUGCAGAACAGACUGCAUUUCUUCCAAGGGAGAGCCUUGCUGCUGUGUGUUUGAUCCCAAAGGCAUGUGUUUCAACAGGACUGUGGCUGAGAAGAGGUGAUCGGCAUGUGGAGGAGGAGGAAGCAAUUCUGUAAGGUGCCACGGGGGUGGGCAGCUCUUUCUGUCACGUAGCAAUGGGAGAUUCCCUCCGCAGCCUCAGGGAAGAUGCACUGGAAACCUUCGUAGCAGAGGUGGGGAGAGCUCACAACCAAAGUAAUAAAAUGGGUCCAGCUGUGUGAGGCAGUUCUGGGUUGAGGUUGUUGUCUGUUCCACAGGAGAGCUCUGACCCCAGGCAAGGGCUGCUCUUUUUGAGCAGCCUGGAUCAACCCUCCCUCCACCCUGUAGGUCAAAUCCAUUGCCAUCCCACUGGGAGUUUUGGGAGGAUAUAAACCAGAUUCCCAAGAGAGCGUACCCUGAUCGCUGCUGGUUUCAGAUGUCAGAAAGUGUUGUUUGAACCAAGCCAUCAAAUUACUGAAGGAGGAGAAAUUCUCAGCUUACCAGUCCAGCUUGUUGGUCUGGCCUGAGCCAGUAUGCAAGGGUAUACGUCAUCGAAGUGAGCCAUCUGCAACAGGAGACCACCUCUGGUUGGUGCACCCUUGCUCAUCUCAUCUCUGCUGUCUCUAAGGUUGAGGGAAACUUUUACAUAUUUCACUUCCAUGGGGCAGAGGACAGGCUGACUCCCACCCACACACUCCCCUUGUUGCCCAUCAGAGACUGCAUUGUGACAAUCUUCCUCUUCCUCACAGGAAUGUCUGCCUUGCAGGUUUGCAAGUGCCUGGUGGUGUUCACGAGCUAAAAAGUCCCCAGUUUUUCCCUCGUGUGUAGCUUGCUGGUACUGCAUUUAAAAGAGGAGUAGUUACUUCACUUUCUAGCUUGUCCUUCUGUCUUCACUGAGCGACUCACCACAAACUUCCUAAGGAAGAGCUCCAGGAUGAUGCUCCGGGGUCACAGGGAGACCUUUCUGCUCAAGAGCCAGUGUUUCAGAGGUGCCUGUGUCAGAUAGUCUGUUUUGGGUGCUGUGUCAGGCUGCCAACUCAGGAACAUGCAGCACAAACACCUUCUCCCUGCUCAUGCGUUUUCAGCUCCUGGCAGUAGCUGGUAUGGUAGGACAUGGCCUGACUUGGCGGGUUGAACUAGAGAAGUUAUUUACAUCCCAGAUCCACUUUUUUUCCUAGAAAACGUGGGAAAAAAGAAGUGCCUAGUCCUGCUCGUAGCCUUAUAGGUCGGAGUAGUGUGAGUGGUGUCCUGCUCAUUCUCUGCCAGUUUUAGGCAAUGUUUGUUCAUGCUAACAUGUGCUGAUCAGUUCAGUGUUUCAUCUUUACCUGCCAUGAGCAUGGGAAACUGAAAGCUGUGUCCUUGGCUGCCCACUGGUCGCAGAACCAGAAGAAGAACAUGUUUUCCUCGGGAGCGCUGGCUUCUCCCAGCUGAGGGCGUUUUGCCUCAGCACAGACUGUUUGGCUUUCAUCAGCUAAGGCAGACACGUGCGUGCUUUCCUGCCAGGUGAGUGCGUGUCAGAGGGAUGGUGCCUGGGAGAAGCAGGCUCCGCGAAGUCACUCUGCUCAAGAACAGGUCCAGGCAUGUGGGAGGGGGCCGUUUCUCCAGUGACAAACAAGUAGAAAUAGUUGCAGUACGUGGUGCUGUAGUCUGUAGUGUGUUCGAGAAGCUCUUGCUUACACCAUCUCCUCUCCAAGGGGUAAACUUCCUCCCCAAGGGGGCUCCAGUUCCUCCGGUACAGCCCCAGCAUCGCCGCUGUUGGAGUAUCGAGUUGACCAGCUCGAGGUAGGACUCGGAGUCCCGUGCCUCCUUUUCUCUGAUCCUGUCUAGACCGAGACUAGACGGGCAACUGAGAGCCGGGGAUGAGCCUGGCUCUGCCUCUGCAGCCUUUGGGAUUCUCAGCUUUUCACUCUGGGCUCAGCUGCCCAAGGACUCAUCUCCCCACGGUGCUCCCUUGCUGGGAUGAACUGGCGCACCCGGGCUGUGACUGGGAGCACCUCCUCGGGCCGGCCGAGCUGGGGCAGGCUGUCACGCACGUCCUCUUGUCACACUGUCACCAAACCAAGCGCUGUAAAUGGAUGUACAUACAGAUCUAGAGCUCAAUAAAUAGCAGAGCCCUGCC